AUGGUGGCCAAACAGAGGAUCCGCAUGGCCAAUGAAAAGCACAGCAAGAACAUCACGCAGAGAGGCAACGUGGCCAAGACGGCGGUAUGUGGGGCUGGGAGAGAUACCUGCUACUGGGAACUGGUUAUAGCGGCUAUCCUGGGGGUAUUGGAGUAUCCAGGGAUGGAGGCACUGGGCUAGCUUGGGGGCACUGGGCUAGCUUUGGGGUAUUGGAGUAUCCAGGGAUGGGGGCACUGGGCUAGCUUGGGGGCAUUGGAGUAUCCAGGGAUGGGGGCACUGGGCUUUCCUGGGGGUAUUGGAGUAUCCAGGGAUGGGGGAAUUGGGGAUGGGGGCACUGGGCUAGCUUGGGGGCAUUGGGGAUGGGGGCACUGGGCUAGCUUGGGGGUAUUGGGCUAGCUUGGGGGUAUUGGGCUAGCUUGGGGGUAUUGGGGAUGGGGCACUGGGCUAGCUUGGGGGCAUUUGGGAUGGGGGCACUGGGCUAGCUUGGGGGCAUUGGGGAUGGGGGCAUUGGGCUAGCUUGGGGGUAUUGGGGAUGGGGGCACUGGGCUAGCUUGGGGGUGUUGGGGCACUGGGUAGCUUGAGGGUAUUGGGGAUGGUGGGGGUACUGGGAGAGAGAUAACUGGGGAUAUUGUUGGUGGCAUUGUGUAUCCUGGGGGUACUUGGCUUACUGGGUAUCUUGGGGCACUGGACAUGCUUGGUAUUUAGGGGAACUGUGGGUACUGGGGAUGUGGCCUUGUGCUUGCUGGGUUUCCUAUGGUAUUGGGGAUGGUGGCACUAGGUAUCCUGGGGGUUAUGCGUAUCCUUGGGGAAAUUAGGCUUGCUGGGUAUCAUGGGGUUACUGGGCUUGCUGGGUAUCGUGGAGUUACUGAGCUUGCUGGGUAUCGUGGAGUUACUGAGCUUGCUGGGUAUCGUGGAGUUACUGAGCUUGCUGGGUAUCGUGGAGUUACUGAGCUUGCUGGGUAUCCUUGGGGAUGGGUUAUUGGGCAUGGCAACCCUAGAUUCUGAUCUGGGUCCUUUCUUCCCACAGAGGAGUGCAACAGAUGAAAAAUCAUCGGUGGGACCCUGGUUAUUGGCGCUCUUUAUCUUCGUGGUGUGUGGCUCUGGUGAGUUUAUGAUCUGUAUGAGUGAUCCAGAUUAGUACUCAUCAGCCCAAAUAUUGAUCUCUAAGGAAUACAAAAAAAAGUUUCAUCCACAUAUUUCCAUAAAUCAAUAGCAUGCUUUCACUUGUCUGUGUGUAUUUGUAAAUUGGUAUACUGAUGUGUACCCCAGUAUGAACUUUUGUACUGGUGUGUGUUACCACAAUAAAAUCUGUGUACCCCAGUAUGCUAAUACUGGCACGUAUGUAUUCACAGAAUUAAAUCCGUGUUACCCAGUUUGUACUUUUUAUACCAGCACAGAUUCCAAGAAUGAAAUCUUUUGUUGUGUAUUCUCCAGAUAAAAUAAGUGUGUGUGUGAUAUUUUUAGGAGUAUUCCCAGAAAUAAAUUGGUCCACACCAAUAUAUAUCUUUGCACAAGUGUGUACACUCAGAAAAGGGGGUACAAUGAUUUUCUCUUCUUAAACCUGACAUUUCAUACAUGUGAUCAGGGCCUCUGGUAGAUUUUCUCUAACAUACAUCUCCCCAAAUUCCUUCCAUCAGCUAAUUUUGGUUUCAGUUGUGAUACUGUCUAUUAACAGCUGUUGGAGACACCCCGGAAGCCUCAUCAAUGUAGCUAGCGUGGCUGCUGUGUUGUGGAUCCUCUUCCAACAGUGUCACUGCUUGCUGCCCACAUAUGCAACAUAUAUAUAAAUAUUCGCUCAUGCAUGCCUAGUCAUACGACCUACUAAACAAUUUGCUUCCUCUCCACUACUGAAUACUUUAGGUGACAUAAAACAUUUGCAUGUCUGCUUAGCAAUAACUGUGUGUUGUAAGUCUACUAUUAAAUCUGUGUAGGCAGUUUUAAGUGAAUGAGAAAGCACAAACUCUGCAUUUGUUCUAUUUAGUGUGAGUGCACUUCUUAACCCCAUGUUUAAAUAUCGAUAAUUAAUUGACUGCUGGUAAUUUACACCAUUUUAUUUAAAAAAUAUGAGCCCAUUUAGUUGUCUAUGAUCUAUCAGGAACACAUAAAUUAAAAUCUGUUGGUGCCAUUUGUGUGUGUGUGUCAAGUUAUUAUAAUUAAAUGGGUGUUGAAUGAUCUUUCGUUUAAAGUGUAAAAGAACAUAAAAUUCUUUACUCAGAACCAGAAUGCCAUUUGUAUUUUGUAUACGGUUUAUCUGGGCUCUAUUUUCUUGCCAUAUGUUUGGCAAAUUUCUGUUGGCACCUUACCAGCUGUGCAAUGCGCAUAACAACCAUUCCUAAAAACAUGGACAUAUUUUUAUACAGAUGUUUUCAUCCCACUUCACAUGCUUUUCUUUAAUUUUCAUCAAUUUUUAUUGAUUUCUAAGUUAAAAGUAAUACAAAUUUGAUACCCCCCACCAUUUGAUUAAAACAGGAUUUGCUCAUUUCCUGCCAGUUGUCUUGGUAAUGCAGCUAUGUCCACCAACAUGUACACUUAGGAUCUUAUUUAUCUUUAUUUUUUGCAUUGGAAGUGGUAAAAAUAAACUCCCGUUUAUCACAGCUCUGAGGCAGACUUGCAGAUUCAAUUUUGAUCUGCCACUUGUGAAGUCGUCAUUUCUGAUGGCUUAUGUCCGAUUAGGUGCUGUCUCAUAGAGCUGCUGCAAUCCACCAACAAUGCUUCUCAUGGAGUAGAAUUGAACCAGUGGUUCUCUGAGAAGCACUCAUGUCCUGCUUGUGUGAGUGAGGCAGAAAAGUGUUGACUAAGAAUUAUAAAAGUGCAUAUUUCUCUUGAAAUCAACAAUCUCUUAAAAAUAAUCCAGAUGGCACGUGCAGUUACCCCUACAGCAUUUCAACCAGCUGAAGUAUGUCCCCUUAAGCUGGAAAGUUAAACUCUUUGGAGCGUUUUAUUUCUUUGUAUUGUUGCCAUAUUGACAUGGUUUACUUGAUUAGUCAAGGGACACUCUAAGCACACAAACCAAUUCAUCUUAAUGGAGUGGUUUUGUUGCUUAGACCCUGUACCUUUCAGAAAAAUGACAAUGUUUGCCAAAUGCACUUCCUCAUUGAAUACUUUCAAUUGGUUAAUGUAUUCACUUGCAGCAGUAAUUUGAUGCUGCUGAAUGGUUGUUAUAGAGUCAUUGGAUUCAGCAUCCGAUUGGCUGAAUGAAGUGAAUGCCAAGAAUAUCCCUCUGUGCUUAUUGAAGACAUUUAACAAGUUUCCUAGGGCUUUAAGACAGUCUCAGUGCUUAAAUGAAGUUGUGAUGCCUGGAGGCACCCUUACCUCAAGGGGUUAAAUCGCUUUCGAAUGGUUUAACCCAGUGGUUCCCAAACUUUUUAGGUUAAAGGCGCCUUUAAUAUUUCAGUAUUUUUCCAAGGCACCCCAAGUCAAAAUUUCUAGGUUGCGUAUCUGUACAGCACUAUAGUGUUAAAUACGGUGUUGGUGUUUUGAAGGGGUGCUUGUAUAAUAUAGUAUAGUUAUUGUGUUUGUAUGUAAUGUUUGAUUACAGGGGUGUGUCUAAAUGUAAUGUUCACUUUUAAAUGCGGAUGUGCAUUUGUGUUUUGAAUGCAGGGGUGUAUGUAUGUAAUAUUUGAGUUAGAUUGCAGGAGUGUGCUUGUAUGUUGUGCUGGUGUUUGACUGCUUGGAUGUAUGUACAUACUUACACAGAUAUUCAUGCACAUGAACACACAGAUGCAUAUAAAUACACCGACCCAUACACACAUUCAUAUAGAUACAGACACAUACACACAAACAUUGAUACAUGCCCACACACUGACAUAAAAACAUACACAGAUGUGUGCACAGAAGAUAUCUCUAUCUCUUAUACACACAUACUCAUACACAUACCAGUGAUUUUAAAUUUAUUUAUAUAUAUAUAUAUAUAUAUAUAUAUAUAUAUAUAUAUAUUUUAUUAUUAUUAUUAUUAUUAUUAUUAUUAUUAUUAUUUUAAUUUUUUUUAUCUCCAGCCACCCUCCUUUCAGCUUACCUUAUGUGUCAGGAUGGUGGCUUGGAGUCCUGCUGCUGUGGGAGUGAGAGGUCUGGAGCUCUUCAUGCUCCUAUCCCCUCACGUUGCAGCUGUCUCCCUGCAUGAUGCUAGGAGGAAGUGACAGGCUGUCAUUUUCUCCCACCCGGCCAACAUUACAGGGGUCUGGUUGUGGUCUUAAAGGACCACUGGGCCCCUGUUCAGCAGUAAUGUUUCCUGGUGCUAUAAUCAUAGCACCAGGGAAACAUUAUGCGGCACCGCUGGUUUAACCCCCAAGUUGCUUUUAGUGGUGGUUUCCAAACCCCCCACCCACCCCAUCAUCCUAUCCAAAUUGAAUCCAAUGUCACUGUGAUGCAGAACAUAAAGGCUUUCAAUUAUGGAAAGUCUUUACAGAGAAGUGUCUCCAGUGGCUGCCUGACUGACACACUAGAGGCCUCCUGACAGAUGUAAAUAAAUCUUGCUAUUUCAUGUAAAGUGUAGUGGUCUUGGUGCUCAAAUUGUCGCUUUAACUGCACUCCCCCAUAAUCGGUUAACAUUUAUUGUAGCGAUAAAUUCUGUAUAAUUGCUUAUUCUUAAAAAGAAAAAAAAAAAAAACUUACCUUCCAUCCAGGGCAGUCCAACAUGCUGAUUCUGUGAAUUUUACACUAACUUAACACCCUCCCCUAGAUCCUGAACUAAUUGGCAUCUCACUCUUGAGCAGUAUUUACAGGAAAUGUACAGUUUGUUACGGAGGUCAGCAAACGUGCUCUCCUGUUCUCCACUGCCACACACAUGUUGGCAUAGAUUUGACUGAUAUAUGGGGAUGGUACGAUAUUGUUAUAGCAAAAUGUAUUAAUAUGUAGACUCUUGUAGUAGAAAAUAAGCCAGUGUACCAUGUCAAGUACUUUAAAUAUCCAAUAUCACUUGUGUUUGUCGCAAGUAGAAAAUGAGACCUAGCGCAACCUGAUCUAUUUCUGCAAAAUCAAAAAAAUAUUUAUCCCCCCCCCCACAUUUUGCAAAAAGAUUAUGUAAAAUAAAGUUGGUGGGUUUUUUGUUUUGUUUUUUUUUUCUCCUCUUUUUAAUCCAAUUCUGUAUUUACUCUUGUCUUGUUUUCUUUGUACAGCUAUUUUCCAGAUUAUCCAGAGUAUUAGGAUGGGCAUGUAA